CCGCUCCGGGGAAGGUGGGCUUACCCUAGCGGGCGCGCCAGGUCUCAUCUCUAGCACCUCAGGGGCCCGCGCGGUCACAGCCGGCACCCUCGGGCAUGCGGACAAAGGGUUAACGCGUUGGCGGUGACUGCGGGCCCCGGAUGUGAGAGCCUCAGCUUGGCGCCCUGGCUGCGCUGCAGGUGCGCCGGGCCGAACGGAGCCGGCAGCCUGGCGGCGACCUGACCGCCCGAGGCUCCCCUUCACCUGCAGCGGCUGCUCGGCUCCCUCCGAGAACGCCGCCUUUUCUAACUUAAGGGCAACAGGUGGUGCCGGUGGACCGAGAGAGAGCCCAGCUCCGCCGUGCUGGGAGCGGCAGUUACCCUCACCAAUUACGGAGCGGGGGCGGGAGUUGCAUGGCUACCCUGAUGCGGGUGACCAAUGGGAUUUGGGAUCAUGGGUGGACCGGGAGGAGUGGGCGUGGUCGGAGUCUGAGUCCAAGGUUUCUAGUGCGAUAACUGCCAAAGCUGCUUGGAGAGCUAAGCUGGAAAGACGUGGGGGUGCUUAUCCCUGCGUGGAAACGCUUGCCAAUGCUUUCUCAUUUGGACCCAGACUCCGGAUCGGGAGCAGUCUUAUAGCUGAAUCAGCUACCAAGAGAAGUUCUAAAGCGAGAAGAGAAAAGCACUUCAAUUUGGGACAUUUAUUUGCACCUGGAAAUGGGGAAUGGGCUAUCAGACCAGACUUCUAUCCUGUCCAACCUGCCUUCAUUUCAGUCCUUCCACAUUGUUAUUCUGGGUUUGGACUGUGCUGGAAAGACAACUGUCUUAUACAGGCUGCAGUUCAAUGAAUUUGUAAAUACCGUACCUACCAAAGGAUUUAACACUGAGAAAAUUAAGGUAACCUUGGGAAAUUCUAAAACAGUCACGUUUCACUUCUGGGAUGUAGGUGGUCAGGAGAAGUUAAGGCCACUGUGGAAGUCAUAUACCAGAUGCACAGAUGGCAUUGUAUUUGUUGUGGACUCUGUUGAUGUCGAAAGGAUGGAGGAAGCCAAAACUGAACUUCACAAAAUAACUAGGAUAUCAGAAAAUCAAGGAGUCCCUGUACUUAUAGUUGCUAACAAACAAGACUUGAGGAACUCAUUGUCUCUUUCAGAAAUUGAGAAAUUGUUAGCAAUGGGUGAACUGAGCUCAUCAACUCCUUGGCAUUUGCAGCCUACCUGUGCAAUCAUAGGAGAUGGCCUAAAGGAAGGACUUGAGAAACUACAUGAUAUGAUCAUUAAAAGAAGAAAAAUGUUGCGGCAACAGAAAAAGAAAAGAUGAAUAUCAAUACCUAUUAUAUCUGUGUGGAGUAGGUUUUCUCUGGUCUGAUUUUGACAAAUAGAAGAGUGUCUACAACCUGGUUUGCCUGUCUGCCCUCCUGGAUGCUAUUAAAGCUUUGUUUUGUUGAACAAUCAGAUGCCCAACUCUGUUGCCUUGUGGAAGAUGAGUAAAUGCAGUGCUUCUUAAAGUGGUCUCUUCUCCCUACCCCACAAACAUUUUGGUACUAGCAUUUGGGGAAGCCAAGCUAGGAUAGGAAAUUGACCAGAACACAGUUGUGGAAAUUUGGCCUGAAGUUAGUGAAAUAAAACUUUCAAGAGUGUCUGCCUAGUGUUUUGUGCUUAUAUCUUUUUGCGGGGGAAGCCUUUGCAAGAAAACUGCAUACAAGGCUUUGUAAUGAUCAAGUGCUAAUCGAUGGAAAUGUUAAGGUAGAUUAACAUAUAUGCAGUUAUACUGAUCACAUUGGUCCAACCAGUCCUUUUUUGAAGUAAGGAACAAGGAGUAUUUUUUAAGUUUUGGCCAAAUGAUUUUUGACGCUUUCUGGAAUCAAGUAAUUUAAUGGUAUAGCUUAAUUCUAGACAAUGUUUAAGUUGGUCUGCCUUUAAUAAAAAUAAGAUAUUUGGGGUGUAUUCAAGUGCAUGGAUUAGUUUUCCUGACAAAGCAUGUUUUGGUGUGUAGUCUUACUUUUUAGAAAUAGCUAUGCAUCGUUCUACACAGGUUUAAAACAACUUUUUGGGGGAUUUAGGGCUACUAUAGAAAUAGUUUGUUGUCAGAAGCACUUUCUCUUGAAGAACCUAAAAUAAUUGACUCAUUCAUAGUAAAUAUGGGCAUGUAAACUAAUAAAUAUGCACUGGAUACAUAUAUGGAUUUAUGAAGAAGGAAAUUAAUGAUUUAGUCAAGAGGAUGUAAUUAAAAUAUGUGGUCUCUAAAAUAUUCCAGUUAUGAGAUAUUUGUUUUAUUAAUAUUUGCUGGCUGAAAACAAAUGUGGUUUUUAUAUAUUUUUGUAGUGUGUUGGGAAGAGCAAAAGCUUUAUAAAUAUACCUGAUGCGCUGUAGAAUGAAAAUGUAAAAGAUGCGCUGUAGAAUGAAAAUGUAAAAGAUACCCUGUAUGUGUUCUGAGCUUUAAUUUUUUGUUUACAAAUUGAACAGUAUUACAUGGGCUGUCCAGUCCUGAUUAUAGAGAGGAAGAAAUGGUAACAGUAUGGCAGAUAAGAAUUACAAUUAUAGAAAAUGAGGGGAAAGUAACAAACCUGUUUUAUGAAAAUUCAGUGGUGCUGUUUACAUUGGAUAAAAAGCUCUAUAAGGAGGAAAGACCUUUAUCUAAUUCUUAUCUACAGAUAGAGACUUACUUCCAGUGACCAUAUAUUACUAAAUCAGCUUAUUUUUUAUGUCUAAAGCAACAGCUGUUGGUUCUGAAAAAUCACUGAAAGAAAUGCAUUUUGCUAGCAGGAUUUGUUUUGGCUUUGUUUUUUGUUUUGUUUUGUUUUUUAGUGGCAUAACUGAGUGUUUGGAACCUUGAUUCUUGUGUCACACAAAAUGAAUGAAGUAGCUUCAUGUGGAGACUUCAUAUGUUAAAUAUUCCUGCACUAGUGAUGGUCACUUAGAAUGUUUAUAGAAAUGUGGAUAAUUACUACCAAUAAACUACUUGAGGCACUAGGAGAACAGUAUUAGAUUUUGAAUUUUAAUGUAUUUCCACUUUUGCUGAAGCUUUUAAUUAGAUGUGAAAUAACAACUGACCAGCUAGGCUGUUUAGUCCCAUAGUAGUUUAGAUCUGCUUAGAUGUGACAGGCAUCAAAGGCUAUUUUCUUUUUUUUUUUUUUUUUUCUCCCUUCACUGG